AUGGAACUUCCACUGUGCGGAAUCCCUACUUCACGACCUUUUAGUGCCUUGUUCGUUGGUCCCACACUCCUCAACACUAAGUCAUGGAGUGGUACAAUUUCAGAUGAUUUAGCAAAUUUUAGCUUUGAGAAAUUCUGUUUCAACAAAGCAGAGAAGAAGGCAGUGUCCUUACUUGGCUGGUACUUCCUUAAUGCCCUCUCUACUGAAACAGAAAGAAGGGAGAAAGCCGAGGCAGAGGUUAAGGCAUUAAAAGACCUCCUAGCAGUUGUCUUGGUGUGUGUACGUUCAACUGCUAGUCGGGCCGAUGAUUUGGAAGAGCGGUGUGCAGCCCUCAUGACCAAAUCAAUUAAUGACUUAAGGAAAAAGAAAGGCCGUAGACCUGUUAGCAAAGCCAGGGUGCGUGCCAUUGUCACAUCCCAUAAUUGGGAUCGUGAGGAUGCGCUCUCCUCAGGUGAUAGUGAGGAUGAGGAGAUUGCAUUUGAUAUUACUGAUGAUGUUGAUCACUCAGUGGGAAAGAAGAAGUGUGCUAGACCUCUUAUUACUAAGCAUAGGAAGAGGCAGCAUGAUAGAGAAGAUUUUGCUGAUGGGGAGGUACAUUACCGCAACCCCAGAGAUGUUGAAAUUGAAGAAUUAAGGGAGUUUACACAAACUAAACUCCAAGAACUGGAAAAACAAUACAAACAGAGGUCCGGGGAACCCCUAUUAAGUUGGCUCCUACGUUUGUGGGAUGAUGGGGCGGACAGUGUUCUUUUGUCAGGCAAGGAAGCAGUGGCUAUGGGAGUGUUAACCCAUGAUCCACAAUUGCGCCAGGCCAUGCGUAAGGCCCGAGAGUUUACUGUGAAUUUUUCACUGUUAGACCUUGUGAGAGAUGGGUUAGUCCGGGUAUAUGCUAAUCCUAGUGACCUGGAAAAUGCCUCCUCUUGGAGAACAAUGAGAGAGGGUAUUGCCAGGUUACGUGAGAUGGGCUGUAUAACUGGACUAACUAAGAUACCGGAAUGGAUGGGUCCAGAUAUGGAACCGUUCACGUCUGCUCUGCGCUCCAAGCUGAUGAGGUCUGCGCCGUUUAAUCUCAGAGCUCCUUUAUUGUCUUUGCUGGGAGGCCUGGGAUUAAACAGCAAGAUUAUGAAGCCACUACCCUUUUAA